ACAGCAUUUCGCGGGAGUUCUUUCCUUUUCCCUUUACAUCAGCUCCAUUUCUAGGCUAGGGUUUCAGAUUCUUUUCGGGCAAGGGUUGAACAAAGCUACAAUCGGACCUCGGCACUUCAUGUACUGCGCUGAGCAUGAGAACCAUACCACACUGAGCUAAAUACAAACGGGAGCUGCUUUCUCACCCUCCGUGCUUCCAUUGAAGUCCUGCAUCGUUUCUUUUGCCGCUGCAGCUGCUCGGUCCUUCGUUCUAGUUUAAGCACCUCGUCAGUCUCCCUCCCCAGCCGCAAAGAUGCCUCUCCACCAGUUCCAUUUCAACGCCUCUAUCUCUUCUUCUUCAUCGCCUUUCCUCGCUCCUCCCUCUGCCUUCAACUCCUUCUCCUCCAGGCACCAGAACUUUUCUCUUCCGCCGCGAGACUUGGGGAUUUGCAGGUGUGUUGCGACUCCUCAGGAAGCGAAGACCCCAACUGCUUACAAAACGAAUGUUUCUCGCAAUGCCAACAUGGGGAAGCUUCAAGCUGGUUACUUGUUUCCCGAGGUUGCUAGGAGAAGGAAUGCACAUAAGGAGAAGUACCCUGAUGCUCAAGUGAUAAGCCUUGGAAUAGGAGACACCACUGAGCCCAUUCCAGAUGUGAUAACAUCUUCAAUGUCGAAAAAAUGCCAAGCAUUGUCUACGCUUGAAGGUUACAGCGGCUAUGGGGCUGAGCAAGGUGAAAAGUCAUUGAGAGCUGCAAUUCGGUCUACUUUCUAUGCUGAUCUUGGUAUCGAUGAUGAUGAUAUAUUUGUGUCUGAUGGUGCCAAAUGUGACAUAUCACGCCUUCAGGUUGUUUUUGGCUCUAAUGUCACAAUGGCAGUGCAAGAUCCUUCAUAUCCGGCUUAUGUUGACUCCAGUGUCAUAAUGGGUCAGACUGGGCAGUUCCAAACGGAUGUCGAGAAGUAUGCCAACAUUGAAUACAUGAAUUGCACUCCGGAGAAUGGUUUCUUUCCUGAUUUAUCCAAGUCCCCUCGAACAGACAUAAUAUUUUUUUGUUCCCCUAACAACCCCACUGGAGCUGCUGCAACAAGGGAGCAACUGACCCGCUUAGUACAGUUUGCCAAGGACAAUGGAUCCAUUAUUGUCUAUGAUUCGGCAUAUGCAUUGUAUAUGUCUGAUGACAAUCCUAGGUCCAUUUUUGAAAUUCCUGGGGCGAGAGAGGUAGCAAUUGAGACUUCAUCUUUCAGCAAGUAUGCUGGGUUCACUGGAGUUCGGCUAGGUUGGACUGUGGUUCCAAAGGAGCUUCUUUUCUCUGAUGGGUUCCCUGUGGCCAGGGACUUCAACCGAGUUGUCUGCACUUGCUUCAACGGUGCUUCCACUGUCGCUCAGGCGGGUGGCCUGGCUUGCCUGUCACCAGAAGGCCUCAAGGCAAUGCACGAAGUAAUUGGAUUCUACAAAGGAAACACAGAGAUUAUAAUGGAUACCUUUAACUCACUCGGGUUCAAAGUCUAUGGCGGUAGGAAUGCUCCAUACGUGUGGGUACACUUCCCUGGCCGGAGCUCAUGGGAUGUGUUUGCCGAGAUUCUGGAGAAGACCCAUGUAGUAACCACACCUGGUAGUGGUUUUGGCCCUGGUGGUGAAGGUUUUGUCAGAGUGAGUGCCUUUGGUCACAGAGGGAAUGUUUUGGAAGCCUGCAAGAGGUUCAGGCAGCUUUACAAGUGAGAGAUUACAGAUUAUCUUGUUUGGGUUAUACAUGCCCCUAAUCAGUGAGAUGAUAAAUCAUAAAAGACAUCUGCUUCAGUUUUUUAUUUUGAUUUUCCUGUGUACUGGGUGUUGGUAUUGGAGAAUAAUUGAAGAGAUCAAAGUUGAAGUGGAAAAAUAAUCUGUCGGAGUUCAAAUGCAAUUUUCUGCCAUCUCUGUUUUAGACGAUUGUAUUCUUCCAGGUAAAGAAUUAGAAUUUCUAUCAAGUUCUGUCUGGUGUCUAUAAACUAUAAAGUCUCAAGUAUAAACCCAUCACUAUACCAAGUGGUGUUAGUCUUUGUUCUACAGGCAAAUUUAGCAACCUCUACGUAAACUAUAUGCUCAUUCAUUGGUGCUCUUGUUUUAAAGAGACGCCUAAAGUGGCAGCCAACUCCUUCCUCAAGGCCUUGAAUACAUGGCUGCAAAAUUUCAGAUGAACUUGCACCUCUUCUCCAGAUUUGUUUGUUUUCAAAGAGGCGUCCACUUCUGUGGAUUCAUUCUCUUCACUUGCUGCUGCAACCCUCGUCGGCUUCGAAACAAAUGACCAGCUGCUUGGAAGUUGAAGAGAAGAGCUGAGAGAAAUUAUUUGCAAUGGCUUCCUUGGCAUCCAGAGUUAGUUU